UCAAAAUAAUGGAAAAUGAAACAGUUGUAUUGUGUUUUAUGUGAAUAAAAAUAAUAUUCAUUUUAUCUGUCUUAUUGUUAAUAAAUUGCAUAAAAUACCAAAGUGGUAUUUAAGUGAACUUGUAAAUAUGUCUACAUAUUACGAAAGACAGAAGAGUCUAUUUAACACUUUAAAAGAUGCUGAAGAGCAGUAUAGCUUUUCGAAAACAAAUAAGGUCUCCCCAGAUACAGAUUAUGGAGUUAUCGAUAGAUGUGCUUACCGAAAACUGAAGCACGAAAUGAAGAAAUUUGUCGGUAAAGAAAGCAUAUUUAAACGGCCAGAAGCAAAACUGCGCAAUUGUCUACGUUCAAAAACGGUACCUGAUCAUGUAAAGAAUCCUGAUAAAUGGGUUUAUUACACAUUAUCAGACGUGACUGCUGAACAAAUGUCUGAUGCCACCAACACUGCGACUGCGUUAGCGCUGAUACGUGAAUUAGAAGAAAGAAAUAGUGAAAAGCAUACUAUGGAUGACGAUUCUCAUGAAAGCUUUGUAUUUAAGAAGCCUAUUUUCAAAGCGUCUAAGACACUGAAGGUCAAACCUGUUGAAGAUGAAGAAAAGCCAAUAGUAAAGCCAAAUAAAAUCAUAAUGCCAGAAUAUGUUGUUGGUGUAUCAAAGAAGAAAGAAAAGAAAAACAAAGUUCAAGUAUCAAAUGAAAACCCAGACAGAACAAAGAAAGUAGAAUUAAAAUUAAAUCAUCUCACAGACAUGGGUGAUGAUUGUGAUGAAUAAUUUUAUAAUUAUAGUUUUUACUUGA